AUCUUUUCCUGCAUGUACUAUACCGGUGUCCUUAAACGAUGCUGGGGCCGAAAAAGAUGAUGAUGAUGCCUUGUUAAGGGUUUUAUUUUUGGUUUAUCAGACUCUGCAUCGGAUAAACGACUUGGGGAGUUUUCAGCCCCGGGCGUACACAGAUCAAAAGCCGUUUCCCAGGCCGUAGAAAGACACGGAGAUUAAGGGAGAGAGAGGAUAGAGAGAGCUGAAGCUCCUCUCCCAUCAGAUAAUGCCGCUGACCCGGGCCGGGAUGCAGAAGAGAAACCGAGUUUCCAAAUCGCACGAUGUGUGAAUAAACGCCAGCCAUUUAAAGUACGUAAACAUUCGGGAUAUACGAUACUGAAUACCGCUCAGGCCUGUUAAGGAAUCAGAAAGGAGGAGGGCGGCAUUUUAGACUCAUCAGUCUAAUCCUUGUGAGGAAGAAGGGCCUCAUGGGACGCUAUGCAGGGUUAAAAUGGUUUUGCACGCUCAUGAGUUACCACAACCAGAAGUUUUCAACCCUGGACACAAACGGAUCGCGUGCAGUUGUGAUGGUGGACACACACUCUGGUGUGGGCGUACAUUUUUUGCACAUGGACGUCUGAAACACAACUUAUCAUGUGGAUAUCUGCACUUGCAAGAUUCAUGUGACUUUGCAAACAGUGUUUUUCUGCUCACUUUUCGGCCAGUUUGUCUCUCAUCAAAGUGUGAGCCUAGAUCACCUGAGAUUGGAGAAUGAGCUCUCAUUUAGGGCACAAGACAUCAAGAGCUCCGUUUCAUAUUUUGUACUCGUAAUUACGGUCUUUUCUUAGACGGACUGUUCCAGAGGGAAUCCAGACACCACUGAGACUGUAGAAAGAGAGUCAUAUUUUUUGUCUUGUAGUUUCUUUUUUCUUUUUGUUUUACUGUAUACCUCCCAUCAAAACUGUUUUUUUUUUCCUUUUCUGUAGUCUAACGUCAUGCUCACAUGCACUCAUCUGCUGUGAUGCUUUGAGAGAUUGAAGAUUUGUCUCUGAGCGAGUACUUUAUGAAUGCCUGAACUCAAGUUGCUGCUUUCUUUGAGCUCUUUUUGGUGUAACAUGGGGCUUACCGGAGAUUUGCACUAAAAGAGCUUUGCUGUCACUUGAUUUUCCUUUUAUUGACCAAAUCUUCUUACAUUCAAGCCAUAUGAACUUAUUUUUGAUGAAACUAGAGCUAUUUUUGUAUUACAGUAAAGUCAUAGUAUCGCAUAUUAUGUGUAUAUGAAUUUAGUCUAUUUUUUAUGUAUCAGCACAGACGUAUACAAAAAGACAUCUGCACUAUUUUAUGUUAAGGUUUGUUUUUUGGAAAGAAUUGCACCUUGAUUUAUGAGAACAUAAUCUGUUUCACUAAAUUUAUUGUUAUGACCAUGGCUACACACCAUCCUCACUCAGGUGGGAGACGACUUUCCUUCUCUCCCUGACGCCUCCCCCUGUUCCCCAGUUUUUUUGACGCCUCCAAAUGCCCGUGGGUCUCAGUGUGGGCGGGGCUCUCGGAGACCCCUCCCCAUCCCGCCCAUUCCGCCCCAGUCGCUAUGUGCCUGUGUCCGCAGCAGCCGCCUUCCUUGUGGGGGCCACAACGCUGUUUCUCUGUUUCACAUGUCCGUGGCUGUCAGAGCGGUUCUCCUCCUCCAUUCCGCUCUAUAAUGCUGUGGUCUUCCUCUUCACACUGGCCAAUUUCUGUAUGGCCACAUUCAUGGACCCCGGCAUCUUUCCUAGAGCUGAAGAAGAUGAGGACAAAGAGGAUGAUUUCCGGGCUCCGCUUUAUAAGACGGUGGAGGUGAGGGGCAUUCAGGUGCGGAUGAAGUGGUGCUCCACGUGUCGCUUUUACAGACCACCGCGCUGUUCACACUGCUCCGUGUGUGACAACUGUGUGGAGGAGUUUGACCACCACUGCCCAUGGGUGAACAACUGCAUUGGCAGGAGGAAUUAUCGUUAUUUCUUUCUGUUCCUGCUCUCGCUCACUAUUCACAUUAUGGAUGUGUUUGGCUUCAGUCUGCUGUACAUCCUCCAUCACACUAAACAACUGGACCAGGUCAACUCUGGAGUCACUAUGGCGGUGAUGUGUGUAGCUGGUCUGUUUUUCGUACCGGUUGCGGGACUCACUGGGUUCCACACUGUCCUUGUUGCCAGAGGGAGAACAACUAACGAACAGGUGACUGGGAAGUUCAGGGGUGGCGUUAACCCCUUCACACACGGGUGCUUAAAAAACAUUGCACACGUGCUGUGUAGUUCACAGGCUCCCAGGUAUCUUGGUCGCUUGCGAAAGCCUCAUUCGGUUCAGGUCCAGCCACCAUUUCUGCGGCCACCUCUAUCUGAAGCGCAACUAGCAGCUAAAGUUCUGGAUAAUGGCAUCCAACAGUCUAAAAGUAGUUUGGAGAUAAUGGAGAGUCAGUCCACUGAUGCUGAUCCCCCUCCACCACCUAAACCAGAGCACAGAUAUCCUGGGCUGCCUCACACACAAAAUGAAGAGUGCAGCUUGCUGACUGAGGCUCCACCCACACCUUCAUUGUAUAAAUACAGGCAGGCCUACAGCAGUCCAGGAAAAAACCACACGGCCUCAACACAUUCCAGCAAGAUGAGUCGAGGGAACAGUAUGACCGAGUCUCCCUCUGUCCCCGUCACCACUGGGCAGCCCAGCUACCGCUCAGACCCCAGUUUGUCAAGCCGAGGGGGUGCAGGGUUCCGUGGGGGAGGGGAGGGAGGUAGAGCAGGCUCGGGGGGCCUGGGUGGGGCCUCUGCGUUUGGUGGGCGAUCCUACCCUUCUUUUACCGACACCCUACUCCAAUCGGCAGCAGCCUCUUGCUCCUCAAGCCUUCGCUCCGCCCAUACGGCCCACAAUGCCCUCGGGCCUCUCAUCUCUGAGGGUACGACCUCCACUAGCUACAAGAGUUUAGCCAAUCAGACACGCAACGGCAGCUUGUCGUAUGAAAGUCUGCUGACGCCCUCCGAAAGCCCGGAGUUCGAGUCUGCUGCUCACGAGCUGUCCCCGCCCAGACCGCACCCUCCGCACUCUCUUAGCACAGCACCGGGGGCCCCGCCUAUUUUGGGGUACACGUCCCCUUUCCUGUCGGCUCAGCAGAGGGAGGGCUCUCUCCAGGCCUGCCCUGCCCCCCUAAGACCCUCCCCCAACAGAGCUUUCCUGCGCCCAACAAGCUCACCCCCUUCUCGGGCUCCGCCCCUUUCUCCUCACGCUCGCUCAUUGGGCUCCCCUCCUCCUGGCCCCGCCCCUGGCCAUACACCUCUGGGCAAAUCACUGUCCUAUGGAGGUGGUGCCGAAUUACAGCACCGCCCCUCUAGCUCAGGGGGCGGGACUCCGAUGCUGAACUCGACUAUUAAACAAAAUGUGGCCAAUCAUAACACCCACUCACACAAACCUGCAGGAGGGGUGAAGAAAGUGACUGGUGUUGGAGGAACGACCUAUGGGAUUUCAGUAUGACAGUUUUUGCCCUCUGAGCUUCAGCCGGAUGGAUGUAAAGCUGCUCAACCGAACAUGCAAAAAAGCAUACAAGACUACAAGGAGAAAUCGUAAGUGUUUCCCAGUCAAAGUUCAUCAGUCACUGUGGAGGAUGUACACUGAGAACAUGGACCAGUGAAGACGAAUCUUACAGAGUUUUGUUUUCUGAAUAUUAAUAUGGUCAUAUAAUAAUAAAAACAAAUCCCACAGACUUUCUUAGUUAUUUAAAGAAUCAUUUGGUACUUCAAUGUAUUACCUACCGAUUUAUACGCAAGACUGUCCAAUGAUCAAUGGACAUUCAGCCUUAGUAGGCGGGACCAUGUGAGACACACUGAUGCCUCAUUCAGAAUGACGUCAACAGAAACCACAAGCCUCUCAGCAGUCCGCCAAUAAGCAUUUGAAACAUUGACUACAUAAAUCACUGUUCAGUCUUGCAUAUUCCAUAGUGCUCUGUUUCAAACCCCCAAAGAGACAGUUCACCAAAAAUGACAAUUCUGUCAUUGUUUUCCAAACCCAUAUUGCUGACAUUCUGUAGAAGAAGAUAUUUUAAUGAAUGUUCACGCUGCUCUUUUACAGACGAUAGUGUCCACAUACUUUCCAGCUCCAACAAAGACAAAAAAGGCCAUAAAACUGGUCAAUCCCACUAUGGGGAAACUUCCAAGGGGCGCUUCGAGAUGACUUAAAAUGGUUUAAAAUAAGAAAUUAAAAUGCUGUAAAGUCAUAUGACAGCUGACAGAUGCAAAAUGCAACAGUUGUUGUGGCAAGUUUGAAAACGUUCAUGUGUGCUGAUCACAUAACUUUCAUUUUUGGGUGAACUAUUUCUUCUUUUUUUCUCCAUUAUUUUAUACAGGUACAGAUGUAUAUUAUAAGUAUUAAGUUUGAUAAAGAAGAUAAUAUUAAGAUGCAGGCAUAUAUGAUGUAUGAUUGUUUGUUUUAGGUUGGAUGGUGUUUGUCAUAUUUAUAUGGCUGCAUCAGCCAGAUGAAAUUGUCAGCCAAAGAAACUCGGUCUGUUUGACGGAUAGCACACUCGGCAAGUAGGAGUGAAUGUAUCUAAAGACACACAAGUUACUAGAGCACAAAAUAUUAAGCGAAAGAUUAUUUACAUUAAGUACUGAAUAUAUCGUAUGCAAAUUGUAACUUUGUGUCGGCGUGUCCACCAAUCAAGAGCCAUAAUCUCUUGACAAAUGGUCAGCCAAUCACAAGAGAGUUUAUUUAUUUAGCCGGAGGAGGCCAGUGCAAGUACAUGCACCAUCAUAUAGAUUAAAAAAUUUCAUUCUUUUAUGUUGUUUGAACUUUUUUUUUUAAACUGGACAUUGGUUAAAAUAAACAGCCAGAGUACAGUGAUUGUCUCCUCAUAGAUAUAUAAGUUUGAUUGUAUUUGUCAAUGUGAGAGAAUGAGUGUGAAAUUUUAUUUGAACUAAGAGCACAUUCCAACUAUCCGUUUGGUUCAGAUCAGAGGUCGUUCACGUCUUUUGUCUGCUUUUUGAGAUCUGAGGACCGGUCAGUGUAAGAUAAACCGCUUAUGCAGAGACACAAACAAGUUUUUUAUCUUUU